CUGCGGCGCGAGCGGCGGGCGGGCGCGCACCGAGCCGCCGUCCCUCCGGCCCCAGCACCCCGGCGGGACCCCGCGGCACAGCGCCCUCCUCCGCACCGCGGACAGCUCUUGGCGCCCUCAGCAAAAUGGGGAAACAGAAUAGCAAGCUGGCCCCUGAGGUGAUGGAAGAUCUGGUGAAGAGCACGGAGUUCAAUGAGCAUGAGCUAAAACAGUGGUACAAAGGAUUUCUAAAGGACUGUCCAAGUGGUAGACUGAACCUUGAGGAGUUUCAGCAGCUCUACGUAAAAUUCUUUCCCUAUGGAGAUGCUUCAAAGUUUGCCCAGCACGCCUUCCGAACCUUUGAUAAAAACGGAGACGGAACCAUCGACUUCAGAGAGUUCAUUUGUGCUCUGUCCAUCACCUCACGGGGCAGUUUUGAGCAAAAGCUAAACUGGGCCUUCAACAUGUAUGACUUGGAUGGUGAUGGUAAAAUUACAAGAGUGGAAAUGCUGGAAAUAAUAGAGGCCAUCUACAAAAUGGUGGGCACUGUGAUCAUGAUGAAAAUGAAUGAGGAUGGUCUGACGCCUGAGCAGCGGGUAGACAAGAUCUUCAGUAAGAUGGAUAAGAACAAAGAUGACCAGAUCACACUGGAUGAAUUCAAAGAAGCUGCAAAGAGUGAUCCUUCCAUUGUAUUACUCCUGCAGUGUGACAUUCAGAAAUGAGCUCGUGUACGACGCGUCAUAGACUGCACAGAAGUUUAAUGUUCCAUUCAGUUUGCAGCUAUUUCCACACACACAACAAUUUGCUUGGACUACCUAUAAAUGGACUUGCUUCUUGUGUUUGAAACACUUGUGUGCAUGAGAAUGUCAUUUGCUAAAGAAUUUUAAAAGUAUAUAUUAUAAAAAAUAAACUGCCACAACGUGACGUGUGCAAUGUCAUUUCAUAACAACCCUCUUCCUCUGAAGCCUGUGCAGCAGUCCUGUGCUGCAGUGAAUUAUAUUAUUUAUUGUUCAUGUUUACUGAUGCUAGCUCUGUGUCUCCUAGACUGAGUAAUGUUAGUGGCACUGAAUUCCCACGGUAAUGUUAACUGUUUAUUAUAAAUCAUGUCACCAUUCUGCUGUAAAGUAGUACUGGACAGACAGAGGGGAAGAGUUCCUCGGCUCUUAAGUCUGAUCCGCACACGUGCUUGUAUCGUCAGUGGAUGUAAAUGUACUUCAUUUGCAUGCCUUUUAGGUUUGCCUUAAUUCUUACCUCAUUCGCAUCCCUUCAAUCUGGAAAGAGCUAUGGCAGAGGAAUGCAGUAUAAAAAAGAAAAAUAUCCUGCUAAAAUGAUCCCUUUAAUUAAAACUCUAUAUAAAUAUAUAUAUAAUGUUUAAAAUAUUGUUUUAUUGGAAGUUCAAAAGUUUUAUUGGAAGUGUAUUGAUCUUUGCCUGAAUUUUCAAAAGCUUCCACAGAGGUUGCAAUAUAUAUGUCCCAAAAUAAAUUUAUAACAUUUGACCUUUUCCCCUAAUUCUUAUUUCAUAUCUUCAGCAUGGUAACAGAACAACAGCAGCAACAAAAGUUCAAUCUCUUUCAUUAUCUGUCCCUGUAGUACUGGGAAAUAUGUACUUCAUUAUGAAAGCAUGAAGACUUCCCUUUUGCACUCGCUCACUCUCUAGGAGAAUAACAAACCUAAAGUUGUAGUUUUUGUACUUACCAACAGAGCGGCUGUUUAUCCUCAAAGAUGCUGAUACUGAGAUUCAGCAGCAUACCUACGAGGCCUGUGCUUGCUUAGCUAUUUAAGCCAGCUGGAAGCCAAAUACAGUUUAUUUGCUUGGCUUAAACCUGGUUCUAAUGUUUUUCCCUCCUUAAGGGUCUUUCACCUUACUGUAUGACACAAAACUACCCCAGGUUUCUAUUAAACAGAAAUGUUACUGAGAAUCAUUACUGAUAAAUUAAACAUAGAAUAUGAUGACUGGGAAGGGUCAAUGAAGAGAAGCACCUUCCCCCUCAAUUCUGUGUGCAUUAGUCAAGUUUAUAUCUGUACUGUGGCAAGUACAAAUUCUGCCGAACCCUGGGGAAAGCAUUGAGAACUAGCAGGCUGCAGAAAUUGCAGGCAGAAAUCUUUCCUACACCACGUUGCCCAGUUGCAUUAAAUAGUUGGUUGCUUGCAGGAUUACAAAAAAGAAGUCUGAACAUCCUACACUUGCAUGUUUGAUAUUUCUUCUUUACCCGAUGAAGAAACAAGACGGUACUUUUAAAAGUUAAAAAUCAAACAAUAAAACAUGACACAAAUGAAAUAA